GACUUUCUUUCUUGGACAGUGAGCUACACGCUCCACUGGUCCCACACCGGGCUGGCAAACAUUUACCUGUCCCCACACCAGGCUGAGGACCCAUUAGCAAGCACAGGGGAAGAGAAUAAAACCAGCCACCAGUUGCAAGAAGAACUUACUCUUCACUGGGCCAGAGCAAAUCUUUGGCUGAAUAGAGAUGGACUGGAGCUGCACUUCCCUUGGCUUAGUGUUCAUCCUGUGUUUGCUAUCCAUUUUAAAGAUGGGAGGUUUCUGGAAUAACCACCGGAGAAAGAAUUUUCCCCCAGGACCGAGAGCAUUACCUAUCAUCGGAAAUCUGCAUUUGUUUGAUUUGAAGAGACCCUACAGGACUUACCUACAGCUGUCAAAAAUAUAUGGUCCGGUCUUCAGUGUUCAAAUGGGGCUAAGGAACAUCGUAGUGAUUUCCGGGUACGAGACAGUGAAGGAAGCGCUCGUGAACCAGGCAGAGGCAUUUGCAGGGAGACCUAAAAUCCCCAUUUUUGAAGAUUUGACUAAAGGAAACGGGGUUGUUUUUGCUCAUGGUGAAAACUGGAAGCUAAUGCGAAGAUUCACUCUCACAACCUUACGAGACCUUGGCAUGGGAAAAAGGGCCAUUGAGGACCGCAUUGUGGAGGAGUAUGGGUACCUGGCAGACACCAUCGCAUCCCAAGAAGGGAAGCCCUUUGAUGCUAGUAAAAUAAUUAACGCAGCAGUUGCUAACAUAAUUGUGUCGAUAUUACUCGGAAAACGGUUUGACUACAAAGACUCCAGAUUUGUGAGGCUUCAACAUCUGACCAACGAAAGCAUGAGACUCGCUGGGAAACCUUUGGUUACGAUGUACAACAUCUUCCCGUACCUCGGAUUCCUCCUAAGGGCUAACAAGACUAUUCUUCGAAACAGAGAUGAAUUCCAUGACUACGUACGAGUUACUUUUGUAGAACAUCUCAAAACUCUGGACCAGCAUGACCAAAGGAGUCUUAUUGACGCUUUCCUCGUUAAACAGCAGGAGGAGAAAUCCGCUACCAAUGGGUAUUUCCAUAAUGGCAACUUGUUAAGCUUGGUGAGCAAUUUGUUUACUGCUGGUGUUGAGACAAUUUCCACCACGCUAAACUGGGGCUUUCUGCUGAUGCUAAAGUACCCAGAAAUUCAGAGAAAGGUCCAAGAAGAGAUAGAGCAAGUGAUAGGAUCAGCCCCUCCACGGAUCGAACAUCGAACACAGAUGCCAUACACGGACGCUGUAAUCCAUGAAAUCCAGAGGUUUGCUAAUAUCCUGCCACUGGAUUUGCCUCAUGAGACUGUGGCAGAUGUCACUCUCAAAGGCUAUUUCAUUCCCAAGGGAACCUACAUCAUUCCCUUACUGACCUCUGUCCUGCACGACAAAUCACAGUGGGAGAAGCCAGAUAUGUUCUACCCUGAGCACUUUCUCGAUGCCAAAGGAAAAUUUGUGAAGAGAGAUGCUUUCAUGCCUUUUUCAGCAGGACGGAGGAUCUGUGCCGGUGAGACUCUUGCCAAAAUGGAGCUCUUCCUCUUCUUCACCAGCCUCCUGCAGAGGUUCAGCUUCCACCCUCCCCCUGGAGUUUCCUCCUCAGACCUGGACCUCAGCCCUGCUAUUUCAUUUAAUGUCAUCCCCAAGCCCUACAAAAUGUGUGCUGUGACACGUUCCUAGAGCUCUAAUCAGCA